CAAAAACCUACCGAACGUGCACCGCGCAUUAUCUUGGAUCAAGCCCAACCACUACAACACUAGUUCUCGGGGCUGUUCGUGAGUUGGACUCUCCACUCCUCUGCUGCUCAGCUCUCCCUGUCCCUGUCCAUCAUGGCGUCGGAAUCCGAAUGCGUCGCCGUUGCUGAGCCGCCGCACGUGCACGUGCACCUGCACCCCGACGGCACGGAGCCACUGGCCCACAUCGCCGUCGACUACUGCCCCGAGGCCUGCCACCACGCCUCCGAGGACGGCGAGAUCCACGUCACCUACGACGACCGCGGCGGCGCGCGCUGGCGGUCCCGCUGCCGCUUCCUCCCAGGCGGCGCCGUCGCCGCCACCAUCCGCGCGCCGGCCGGGGACACCGCCGGCCUCAACUACAACCUCUACCUCUCCUCCCUCGAGGGCUCCCGCGACAUGGACGAGAUCGACUUCGAGUUCCUCGGCCACGACAAGUGCGCCGUGCAGACCAACUUCCACGUCGCCGGCGGCGGCGGGAGGGAGCAGAUCCACGUCCUCCCGUUCGACUCCUCCGACGGAUUCCACCACUACGCCAUCGCCUGGGGCGCCGACGCCAUCGAGUGGCGCAUCGACGGCGAGCUGAUCCGGAGGGAGGAGCGCGUCGCCGGCGAGCCGUGGCCGGAGAAACCCAUGUUCCUGUACGCGUCCGUGUGGGACGCCAGCCACAUCAACGACGGGAAGUGGACCGGCACCUACCACGGCCGCGACGCGCCAUACGUCUGCAGCUACAGGGAUAUCAGGGUGCCCCUUGCGCUCUCGUUGGAAGACGAGGAAGAUCCAUACAAGUGUGCAUGUGUAGGAGAUGCGUCUGCUGCCAUCGCCGCCGCCGAUGCUGCGGAACAGGUGGAUGCUGGAGAUGCGCCUGCUGCCGCCGCCGCCGCUGAUGCUGCGGAAGAGGUGGAUGCCGGGGAUGCGCCUGCUGCCACCGCGGCCGCCGAUGUUGCGGAACAGGUGGAUGCCGGAGAUGUGCCUGCUUCCGCCGCCGCCGCUGAUGCUGUGAAAGAGGUGGACGCCGGAGCUGGUAAAGAUUAGAUGAUUAGAUCUUUGCGCCUGUACUGUUGUUCGUUUCUGUCGUUGAUUUGUGGGGGAAACGUGUUUGAAGGUUUGAUUGUAACAAUAACAUGAAAUCUUGUAUAAGUUGGUUCAAUAAAAUGUCUGAAUUUUCUGCAUUUGGUUAUGAA